GCGGGUGUGGAAGGAAUAUAUAUAUGGCUCCGCUUGAAUUUUCUCCCGUCUCUUGUCCUCUGAACCAGGAAAAAGGCUUCUUCAAGGUGAUCCAGUGAUCUAACACUUCACGCGCGCGCGCGCACAUUUCGGAAUCCAUGGCGGAAGAGGAUAACUACACCAAGGAUGGGACCCUAGACUACCGUGGAAAUCCCGCCGACAAGAAGAAAACGGGAACGUGGAAGGCUUGCCGCUAUAUCCUAGGGACUGAAUGCUGCGAAAGAUUGGCGUACUAUGGAAUGAGCUCCAAUUUGGUGCGGUAUUUCAAGCACCAAUUGAACCAGCACAGUGCAACUGCUACUAAGAAUCAACUGGAUUGGUCGGGUACAUGCUAUGCCACUCCUCUCCUCGGAGCUUUUCUGGCCGAUGCCUACCUCGGAAGAUACUGGACAAUUGCUUGCUUCUCCAUCGUCUACGUGAUUGGAAUGACCCUGUUGACAUUGUCUGCAUCAGUGCCUGGCCUAAAGCCAAAAUGCUAUGAGAAAGACGUUUGUAAUCCAACGCAUACGCAGACAGCUGCCUGCUUCCUGGCUCUUUACCUGAUAGCACUGGGAACCGGAGGAAUCAAGCCUUGUGUAUCAUCCUAUGGAGCAGACCAGUUUGAUGAUGCUGAUGAAGCCGAGAAGAAGCGCAAGAGCUCUUUCUUCAACUGGUUCUAUUUCUCAAUCAAUAUUGGUGCCCUUGUUGCUUCUUCUGUGUUGGUUUGGGUGCAGGACAAUGUGGGCUGGAAAUGGGGCUUUGGCAUCCCAGCUGUGGUCAUGGCUUUUGCUGUUCUCAGCUUCUUUUCUGGCACCCGGUUGUAUCGCAACCAGAAGCCUGGAGGCAGCCCGCUCACCCGCAUUUCUCAAGUCAUCGUGGCAUCGUUGAGGAAAUAUCGAGUUCAAGUUCCUGCAGACAAGUCUCUCUUGUACGAGACUGCAGAUUCAGAGUCUGGCAUCAAAGGAAGCAGAAAGCUAGAUCACACCAAUGAUCUUGGUUUCUUCGACAAGGCGGCUGUAGAGACGGAGUCUGAUCAGAGGAAGGGCUCGAUAGAUCGGUGGAGACUAUGCUCAGUGACCCAAGUCGAGGAGCUGAAAGCCAUUGUCCGGCUGCUCCCAAUCUGGGCCACCGGCAUAAUCUUCUCUGCAGUCUACAACCAAAUGGGCAACGUCUUCUUGCUACAGGGCGAGAAAAUGGACACUCGAGUUGGCAACACUAGCUUCAAGAUCCCACCAGCAUCGCUUGGCGCUUUCGACACCAUCAGUGUCAUCAUCUGGGUCCCCAUUUACGACCAAAUCAUCGUCCCCCUAGCCAGAAAACUCACGGGCCACAAGAAUGGCCUAACUCAGCUCCAGAGAAUGGGGAUUGGCUUCUUCAUAUCCAUCUUCUCCAUGCUUUCUGCCGGCGUUCUGGAGGUUAUCAGGCUCCAAAUUGUAAAAAGACACAACUUCUAUGACCGCGACGACAUACCCAUUUCGAUAUUCUGGCAGGUUCCUCAGUACUUCAUCAUUGGUUGUGCAGAGGUUUUCACCUUCAUCGGGCAGCUGGAAUUCUUUUAUGAUCAGGCGCCUGAUGCCAUGAGAAGCCUCUGCUCUGCUCUUUCACUGACCACCAAUGCCUUGGGAAACUACUCGAGUUCUUUGCUUGUAACCAUUGUUACUUCAAUUAGUACUAGGAAUGGGAAGCCUGGAUGGAUACCGGAUAAUUUGAACUAUGGCCGGCUUGAUUACUUCUUCUGGCUGUUGGCAGUGCUGAGUGUUGUGAAUUUGGGAGCUUUUCUCGUAGUUGCGAAGCGGUACACCUACAAAAGGUCGGUCGGGACUCUGCGUUGAUGGUUUGGAGUAGAUGGCUGUGAUGAUGCAAAGCCUUCUGUAAAUAUUGGUCUUGUCUAGUCUUCUCCAUUUGUAUCUGCAACGUUGCUUGUUAUUAAGACAAAACUGCCUAUGGUAAUGGCAGUGAUUAUGUGAAUUUCCCCUUUCAGUGUA